AUGAGCAACCUCGUCUCGUGUGUGGCAUGGGUAAAAAGAGGUGUAGCUGCUCAAAUUCCAGAAAAAUACGAGCUCGAUGAUGGCGAGCUGCAGAGAGUUAGCGCGCUCGCGCGCAUCGAGGUGGAAGAUGCUCGCAAAGAACUCGAGUGGGCACACCGAGCCGCGGGGAUGAUGGGAAAGGGCGCAGAGGGUGAAGAAGCGGAUGAUGCAGACGAAGACGAUGAUGAGAAUUCAUGGGUCGAUGAAGAUGUCGAUGCAAUGGACCAGGAUGUGGCCAUGGAUGAGGAUACCCCUGCCCCAAACCCAGGGAACAACUCAGAAAGCAAGGACGAAGACGAUCUAGCAGAAUACAACCUUGAUGAUUAUGAUAACGACGAUGCCAUUCCAGCAAUGGGUCCUUUUAGCAAUAUAAAAGGGUUGACAUACUAUAGGAACAACGAUGAAGAUCCGUACAUCACACUGAAAGAGGACGAUGAAGACGAACGCGAAGAAUUGGAAAUAUUGCCGACGGACAAUUUACUUGUAGCAGCAAAAACAGAGGACGAGAUCUCACAGCUAGAAGUCUAUGUCUAUGAUGAAUCUGAGGAGAACUUGUAUGUGCACCAUGAUUUAAUGCUUCCCAGCUUCCCUCUCUGUCUCGAAUGGCUUGACUUCCCUCCUAUCACUUCUCCGUCCGCCCACGGGACUGCCGACUCACCUGCCAAACAGUUCGGCAGCUACGUAGCUGUAGGCACACUCGAACCCGAGAUUGAAAUUUGGUCGCUUGACGUUGUCGAGGCGAUGUAUCCCGAUAUGGUACUCGGGAGACCAGACAAGACAGCCGCACAUAUCCCUACGCCUCUAGGAACGGGCAAGAAGAAACGCAAAAAGGCGAAACACCGUGCGACAUCUGCUGCUUACCACGUCGACGCUGUCCUCUCGCUAUCAUGGAACCGUACACAUCGCAACCUCUUGGCGUCCGCUUCUGCAGAUCGGACGGUGAAAUUGUGGGAUCUCAGUCGUGACCCAACGAUCAACGGUGAAGGCGGUGAGGGCGAGGGCGCGCUACGGAGCUUCGACGUGCACAAGGACAAAGUGCAAGCCGUUCAGUGGAAUGAAAAAGAACCUACUGUGCUUUUGACUGGAUCCUAUGAUCGCACUGUGAGGACAUUUGAUUCACGGGCACCAGAUGCUGGCGUGGGGGCACAACUUGGAGCAGAUGUUGAAGCAAUUCGAUGGGAUCCCUGGGAGGCACAUGGAUUUUAUGUUUCCCUUGAGAAUGGCAUCGUGCUCAAUUUUGAUGCACGAACCCUUCCUUCUGACUUGAAAUCUCCGUCUCCUGCGCGCUUCACUUUAUCGGCCCACGAUGGAGCGGCUUCCGCCUUGGAUGUGAAUCCUCAUAUCCGGGGGUGUCUAGUGACAGGUGGCACAGACAAGAUGGUAAAGGUAUGGAACGUCAAUGAUGAUGCCGACCUCAACAAGCGACAAGUCAGUUUAGUGAUAUCAAGGGAUCUCGGCGUGGGCAAGGUCUUCUCGACCUCGUGGUCGCCGGAUGACCCUCUUACUCUUGCUGCCGGUGGCUCGCAAGCUAAAGUGCAAAUAUGGGACAUCGGGGCGAACGCUGGUGCACGAAAAUCCCUUGCGCCGAAACUUGCCCAGAUUGGCAAGACAGUGAAGGAGAAGACGGGCGGCGGGGUCAUUGGUGUGGCUAGCGAUGAUGAGGAUAGUAGUGGAGGCGAAGACGAGGAAUAG